GUUGCCACGGUAACCGCGUUGUAUUGGAGAAUGCGAAUGGACUGUAUAGUUUGUACAGAACACGUGUAUCCUCCGGUCUGCUCCUUAUUUCUAUAGACAGUGUGAGGAGGAACAGCGGGUCCCUGGAGGAGAGAGAGGCUUAAAGUGUCCAAUUCUACAGUCACGAUGAACAGCAAAGUCACACCAAAUGAGCUAUUAUCUCAGGUCAACCAGUUUUGGAGCUUGUUGGAUGAUAUGGCUGAAAACAGCCCAGACAGUUAUAAGACGUUCAUACAGCGACAUAUGAAUGAAGGAAAAGACUUCAUGAAGCCCCCAGAACCAUUCUUGUGCAUACAGACUAAAAUAUUGCUUCCAGAGGAGAGAUUGCUGUUCAUUAAUAUCUGUGGAUGGAAAAGGGUACCAGCUCCUCAGUCUGACUUGGAUCCUGUGCCUUUAAUUGCUGGGAAAUUACAGGAUACAUCAGAAGGGACAGUUAUUGACAUUGCAUACAGCCCAGUGGUAUUGAAGGGAGCAGAGAGCGAUCGAGUGGAACAGAAUCCGCUCAUCCGCCUAGCAAUGAAAUACAUUGAACAGCAACACAAAGUCACCCUUUGCCAUUCUUACCAUAUUGCACCAUUUAGACAAAAGGGUAAUUUGCAGACGUUGAGGAACAAUUUAGACGGGCAACAGAAAAAGCCAAAACCGACAAAAGAAAAAUCAGAAAAGGCUCCUAAUACGUCAUUACUGGAACAGUUAAAAAACAUUUCGGUAUCGGCAGACGAAAAAGAAAAACCAAGCCCACGCAUCGAAAUAAUGAAGGAGAGCGAUCCCAAGCCUGGCAAAGCAGGUCUGAUAGAGGUGAUCUGUAGUACGGAGCUGAAUGAGGAAGAUCUGCUUACACCUCCCCAACAUGAGCUGUCCAUUGUUAACAACCCGUCCGGGAAACCACAGAAGAUAAUACUGACAGCUGCAUUACAUGGAGUUCGCUCUGUUUCAGAGUGUGAUCUAAGUGUGUCUAAGGAUGAUUUAUUGCUUGAAGUCCCAGGAAAGUAUCGACUGCUCUUAAACCUUCCUGUGUUGGUCAAUGAGGAUUCAACCACUGCCACAUACAACAAAGCAAAUGACACUUUGACUGUUACAAUGUUAGUAGCAGACAAUCAAGGAGUAUGAUGAGUGAUCUUCCAACACCACCCAGUGCGCAGUUCAUGUCUGUGUGCAGAAAAUAUGGAGGUACAGGAAGAAGUUGUGCCAUUCUAGCUUUCUACAAAUAUCUGCAGAUUUGGUCACAAAUGUCACACAAGGCAAUUUUGUUGGUUUGCAUAAUUUUUUAUUUUUACCCCAAUAUAUUUUUUUAAAUUUGUAUA